GGUCGUGAUGGCGAGGAUGUGUUCAGAGCCCCAGGCGCUGCAGAGGUGUGAAGAUGGAGUCAUGACCUCAGGUGGUUCUUCCACCUCAUAAUCCUCGUCCCAUUCACUGUUACUGUUGGUGUGGGAGUGAGAGACGUGGAGGCUGUGAUUAGCGGGCUGAGCCUGUGUGAACCUAUGGCAGAGAGACAGCACAGUGCAGCUUCCCUUAUAUGACUCUACCAUGGACCACAUCAUCUGCUGCCUGCUGGUCCUGGGAGCCACAGUGAUGAUCACCCAUGCAUGCCCCAAGUACUGUGUAUGCCAGAAUCUGUCUGAGUCCCUGGGGACAUUGUGUCCCUCCAAAGGCCUUCUUUUUGUGCCUCCGGACAUCGACCGCAGUACAGUGGAGCUCCGUCUGGGAGGCAACUACAUCCUCCGUAUUACACAGCAGGACUUUGCCAAUAUGACCGACCUGGUGGAUCUGACCCUCUCCAGGAACACCAUCAGCUACAUUCAGCCCUUCUCCUUUGGUGACCUGGAAACACUACGCUCACUUCAUCUGGACAACAACCGCUUGAUGGAGCUAGGCCCUGAUGACUUGCGAGGUUUAGUCAACCUGCAACACCUCAUUGUCAACAACAACCAACUGGGACGCAUCCAUGACAAGGCCUUUGAGGAUCUGGCACCUGCCUUGGAGGAUCUAGAUCUCUCCUACAACAACCUAAUAUCUCUGCCCUGGGACUCUGUCCGCCAGAUGAUUAACCUUCACCAGCUAAGUCUUGAUCACAAUCUAUUGAACUUUAUUCCAGAGGGAACCUUCACUGACUUGGAAAGGCUGGCGAGAUUGGACCUGACCUCUAAUCGUUUGCAGAAGCUACCCCCAGACCCCGUCUUUGCCCGCGCCCAGGACUCAAUGAUCCUGACUACACCCUAUGCUCCACAGCUGUCCCUAAGCCUGGGCGGAAACCCACUGCACUGCAACUGUGAGAUGCUGUGGCUGCGGAGGCUUGAGAGAGAUGAUGACCUGGAGACCUGUGCCUCCCCGACUGGCCUGAAGGGUCGUUACUUCUGGAAUGUGAAAGAGGAGGAGUUUGUGUGUCAGCCACCGCUCAUUACCCAGCACACCCACAGAAUGCUGGUUCUGGAGGGCCAAACAGCCAGCCUACGAUGCGAAGCAACAGGAGACCCAUCUCCUGUUAUCCACUGGAUCUCCCCUGAUGAUCGAUUGCUUGGCAACUCCUCCCGAACCUCAGUGUUCAGCAACGGAACCCUUAGCAUCACCAUCACCACCUCCAAGGAUUACGGCACCUUCACCUGCAUUGCUGCUAACGUGGCCGGAGAGUCCACUGCCUCUGUGGAGGUGUCCAUUGUCCAGCUUCCUCACCUCAGCAACGGCACCGGGCAGCCAGCACCGCCAAAGUCACGUCUCUCUGAUAUCACAGGGACAACAAGGAUCAGCAAAGGUGCUCCCAAGAGCCAACCAGAGAGGAUUGUGUCCGUCUCUGAGGUGACAGCUGUUUCAGCACUGGUCAAGUGGACAGUAAGCAAGUCAGCUCCCAAGGUGAAGAUGUACCAGCUCCAGUACAACUGCUCUGAUGAUGAGGUUCUGAUUUACAGGAUGAUACCGGCCUCCAGCAAAGCUUUCCUAGUGACAAAUCUCGUGUCUGGGACCCGCUAUGAUCUGUGCGUUCUGGCCGCCUGGGAUGACACCGCCACCACACUCACAGCCACCAACGUUGUAGGCUGCACCCAUUUCUUCACCCAGGACGACUAUCCUCAGUGUCAGUCUCUGCCCAGCCAGCUACUUGGAGGCACCAUGAUCCUGGUGGUGGGAGGCAUCAUCGUGGCAACUCUGCUCGUGUUUAUCGUCAUCCUUAUGGUGCGCUACAAAGCUGCAGAUACUGAAUCCCCGGUGGGGAAGCUGACCAGUGUCAGUGACACACACUCUCAGACCAACGGAGGACGACUCGGGCAAAAUGGACUUCUUAUGCCCCAGUCUCAGGGUCAGACUCAGUCUGAGCCAAAGGUCAAGGCCAAAGUGACCCUGCAGGACGAGGUGGUGGAGUUCAAGUGUGGCUCCCUCCAGAGCAGCCUCACCUCUUCUUCCUCUUCCUCAGGCUCCAUGGCCGGGGGCUCAUACAGCCCCAACAGCACACUUGCCAACAUUUGGAGGUCAGCUGCCCCCAAGCCCCGGUCCAACUUAGACCACCUCCUCGGGGCCUUCACUUCGCUGGAGCUGCGGGGAACGCAGGGCUCUGACCCAGGAGCCUCUAAUAGUGCUGCAAUCGCAGCAGUGAAACCACACACAGACAGGGAGCCGCUGCUGGGCCGGACGCUGGACUCCAGCCUCAGCCGGCUCCUCAUGCUACCACUGGACUCCAAGCCAAAAAGGAGCCAGUCCUUUGACAUGGGAGAUGUAACAGGCGCCGGAGCCGCUCAGCUGUGCAACAAACCACGCAGGAUCAGCAGUAUCUGGACUAAGAGGAGCCUGUCUGUAAAUGGCAUGCUGCUGCAGUGCGAGGAGGAGGGGGACACAGGAGGGAGCAAGGGGACAAUAGACAGUGCUGACUGGGUGAUGGAGAGUACUGUUUAGGAAAGAUGGAGGACUGUCACACUGUCAAACACUGCCCGAAUGGACGGCUAACAGCCAUGCCGAGAUAGACCUGCUGGUCUGAGAGCCUUUGUCCUGCAUGAAGCACCCUCAUUUUCAUCCCCUUCUUCACCUCUCAGACUCAAGUGAGACAGGACAAGGGGUUUUCACCGUCAUAGCCAAAUACAAACUUUAGGAAUAAGACCUUUGGAUUGUUUUGCCUCACACAUAUGGAUUAAAAUGGUUUAUCAGCUAAAGGGAAAUGACAGGGCAGUGCUGUCUGUUACAGGAUAUGUGGUCAUACCCAUGGACUGUUAUUAUACUGUAUAAAUUUAAAGUAUGUAAUGAAAUUAAAGUUUUAUAUUUUUUAUUUUGCUGGUCAAAUACAAAUGAUCCAUUACUGGUCUCUGCCUUGACACAAUAGCGAGGUGUGACCAGUACACACCAUGAAAUGAAAUCUACUACUGUAAAUUCAUCCUCAUACCAGUUACCUACUGAUGCAGUUUAACCUUGACUGAUGGUGCAGUAUAUAUAUAUUAUAUAUAUAUACACACACACACACACACACACAUACAUAUAUACAUAUACGUAGAUGUGAUGCUUGAUGCUUUGAUUCAUUAAGAUUUAAGAAAAAAAUGAUUUAUUGACAAAGUUGUAUGUGAUUAUAUUUACUUUCUAUACAGAGUAUAUAUUUGAGGGGUCACUCAAUCAUUCUGUAUGCUAAUCAUAUCAAAUUUUAUGUGACUGCAUAGAUUAUAAAAAUAUGUCAUCUCUUAAACUAUGGUUGUGCUGUAUGUGAAGACUCAGUUCAUCGUUUCAAAAAAUGCCAAAUUAUUGAGGAAACCGGUGCAAUGGGCAGGAUGUUCAUGACAAUUAGGCCUGUUUAGAUUGUGUACAUUAGAUUUGUUAGUUCCAGUAGCAAGAUAAAUGUUUUUAUGGGUUUUAUUGUAAAUCAUUUCAAAGGAUUUUUUUUUUAAAGAUGCUCUUCCUUUUGGUUACAGUCCCGAUGACAUCCCAAAACAUUUUCUCCCAGUUUAAUGAAGCUAAAUUGGCAUUCAUGGAUAUUUAUAUUCGUCCAUAUGACAAAAUCAGGAUGUAUAUUUUUAAGGAUAAUUCUGGUUUAUCACAACUUGAGUCCUAUUUUUGGAGCAGUACCCAUCAACUCUGUCAGCAAUAACAAACAAAUGAAUUACACAUAAAGUCACUGUGACAUCACCCACUGCUCUGUGAUAAUUGGAAGUUUGACAUGAUGGACGUUGCCAUCUUGUUUUUUUAGAGCCUGAAGUGACCACAUUUGGUCAAGAGCAGUGGCCACGCCCUGAAGCAUACCUGUUUUAUUCUAAAUGGGACCAUAGUUUACUAAUGUCAUGCUGUAUGGAAGAAGACUUGAAACUAGAGACUGACCAUAAACCAUAAACCCAUGAGGAAACUGUUUGCAGAGGUCAUAAAUCAAGUUUUACCUCAAACUCAAUUGAUUACGCAGCCAAUGAAACUGCCACCUACAGGCCUUUAGAAAGAAUGCAGGUUUAGACACCCUCACGGUGACUUCACAACACUAUACUCACCAAAGUCAUUGUUGAGAUCUAACUGCCACAGGUUGGAAACUCUCUUGCUGUGUUUUCUUCUGACUCAGGUUGUAUCAAACCAGACUUUCCCUUCACUCACUACAUUCAUUUUGGGGGAAGUAGCUAAAGUUUAUUGUUUAGUAUCCUUAAAAAUACAUGUCCAGUUAAUAAGUGUACAAAUCCUCAUUUUGAAGUGGUCCACAUCAAACUCCUCCAUGUUCUCCUCAUGAAUCGGUCAGUGUUCAUAGAACUCUUAAAGACAGUGUUAAACCCUCUGGAGGAGAUGUGGAUUUAAAAAAGGGUUUAAGACUCAUUAUGAAUCUAUUUAAUGAAAGUUCAUUGUCCAGAAACAACAUGCUGUUGUCUGCUUUUAUUGUCAGGUAUUGCAUGUUUCUGCCGAACUGACCCAUGAGACAGUUUAGUCCAGUGUAUACACUCAUUUCCCCACUUGUUGUCUGAAUGACUUUUUGUGAUAUUUCUGAUAUGACUGCGUGUGUACAGUGUCUCUGUAUAUUGGAUUUUUUUUGUACUAUACUCCAGUUUGAAUAUGUGUGUCAGUUGAACUUCACAGUAGGAGAGGAGGACUAUACACAUUUCUUACCUGGAGCUGUAAAAGGUGUUUGUGUGGUCAAAUUUGUUGUUUUUGCUACUAAGAUCAAACUAAAAAUCUCCUGAGA